UUUAGUUUCUAUCCUUUUGUAGUGUUUGCUUUUCAACCAUGCAGUUAACUUACAUUUUUAAGAAUGUAAAUUAUACUUAACAUGUUAAAAAUGCAAACCUGUUACAUAGAUUUCUUCCAUCCUUCUCUGGAGCACUUUUGAGACCUCCUAUAAUGCACAUAAUUGCUGAGCUUCUAGCAUUUAUUCCAAAUGAUCUCUCUCAUUAUGUAGUGACCAUGCUCUUCAGCUAGUCAAAGGUGGUCAGAGACGUGAUCAAAACAAAGCAAAAACCAAAGACAGGUCUUCAGAUUCUGAGACUAAAAUCUCCACACAUACUUCUACAACUUUUGAAACAAUGACUGCUUCAGUAGCAGGCAUAUGAUCUUAGUUGUCCUAAUCAGAGUAAAACUAAGUUUUUGUUCUAUAAUUGGUAAAGACAAACUCUCUCAUCUCCCACUCUUUUCUGGGCUGAAAGAAAAAGCAGAGGACCAUAGUUGUAGUCAGAAGAAAUCUUGGGAACCUGAAGGAAACCAGUUUUAGGAGUAACCCUGCUUCAAAUAAAACCAUCAUGUUUGCGUUUGUGCACUCUCAAAUCUUUUAAACAUUAUGAGAAACUAGAACUAAAUUAUAGACUUACAUAGUGUGUUCCACCCCAACAGAUUUUACUUCAUUUUCCUCCAGUUCCCAGAUCAUUGAUAUCAAGAAAAUCUACUGAAAUGUCUUCUUGUGCUACAAGAACCAUCUAACUACAUAUUCCCAUCUCACGGUUAAUCCUGUUUCCUGUCCUCUGAGGGAACUUCUGAAAUGACCUGUGCACACUUUCCCUUUUCCUUACCAGCUAAAGAAGGCCAAGUAGUGAUGAGAUUUGGCUCGGUUUAACAGUCACUUAUACUCUCCUUGUUUCAGGCUUUAAAUCUUCUCAGAAAAAUCACAAGCCCCUGGGGCCAUGAAUUUUAUCUUGUAUUCCAUUAUUCACCACAACGGAGCACUUUCAGGUGUUUUGAGAGGAGGGGUGGGAGGGACAUUUAAAUGUUUUUAAAAGAUUGUAACAGCAUCACAAACUACAAAAGGUAUAAAUCAAUUCUUGUGGAAGAUGGAAUGUAUUUGUAAUCACUUAAACGCAAUGAAUAAAAUAACAUUUGUUUCUGGAAGACUUUCAUGUGAAUGGAAUUUAGGCAGCUUUCAUCGAACACUGAAAACCUGUACAAACGCAUGGUGGCGCUGCAGGAUAACAUCGGGGAAAACUGCACUGGAUGACGUUUUGGACACUUACCCAGGGCACACAAAGCAUUGGGAAGACAGAACGAGCUUUGGAGAGGCAAAUUAGAAGCUAUUUAAAGGGGAUUAACAUCUUUGGGUCUCCAAAAAUUCGGUGGACAGCUGAGACAAGUCUGCCAGAACUGCGAAGUGGAGCUGAAGCGAUUCUGCAAGAAGCCUUGGGGAAAGGAGCUAUGGAGAAUGGAGGGGCACGGACUCUGCGGAUCAGGCAAGUCCUCCUUUUUGUUUUGCUGGGAGUGUCUCAGGCGGGAUCUGAGCCCGAGCGCUUUUCUGUGGCAGAGGAAAUGCAGAGCGGGAGCCUUGUAGGCAAUUUGGCAAAGAACCUGGGACUGGAAGUGGGUGAGCUCUUCUCCAGGGGGGCUCGGGUGGUCUCUAGUGAUAACAAACACCAUUUGCAGCUGGACUUAAACACCGGGGAUUUGCUCUUAAGCGAAGCGCUGGACCGGGAGGAGCUCUGUGGCUCCACCGAGCCCUGUGUGCUGCAUUUCCAGGUAUUAAUGAAAAACCCCUUGCAGUUCUUACAGAUUGAGCUCCAGGUCAGGGAUGUAAAUGACCACUCUCCCGUCUUCUUAGAAAAAGAAAUGCUCCUAGAAAUCCCAGAGAAUAGUCCUGUUGGCUCCCUGUUCUUGCUAGAAAGUGCGAAGGAUUUAGAUGUAGGAAUCAAUGCUCUAAAGAGCUACACAAUAAGCCCCAACUCUCAUUUCCACAUUAAAAUGAGAGUCAAUCCAGACCACAGAAUAUAUCCAGAGUUAGUUCUGGACAAGUCUCUGGAUUAUGAAGAGCAGUCAGAGCUCAGUCUCAUCCUCACUGCUCUGGAUGGUGGGUCCCCGCCCAGGUCCGGGACGGCCUCGGUUCGGGUGGUGGUCUUGGACAUUAAUGACAACACCCCUGAGUUUGAGCAGCCAUUUUAUGAGGUGAAGAUUCCGGAGAAUAGCUUUCAAGGCUCACUGGUUGUCACUGUCUCAGCUAGGGAUUUAGACUCGGGAAAGAAUGGGGAAAUAUCAUAUACAUUUUCUCAUGCUUCAGAAGACAUUCACAAGACAUUUGAAAUUAAUCAAAAGUCUGGAGAAGUUAAUUUAAUGGCAUCGUUGGAUUUUGAAACAACUGAAUCAUAUUCAAUAAUUAUUCAAGCCACAGAUGGGGGAGGGCUCUUUGGGAAAUCAACAGUCAGAAUUCAGGUGGUGGAUGUAAACGACAAUGCUCCUGAAGUCACUGUGUCAUCAAUUACCAGUCCAAUCCCAGAAAAUUCACCUGAGACUGUAGUUGUGGUUUUUAGUAUCCGAGACAGAGAUUCUGGGGACAAUGGGAGGAUGUUUUGUUCCAUCCCAGAAGACCUGCCCUUCACACUAAAACCUUCGGGAAACAAUUAUUAUACAUUGGAAACGGCCGGAAUACUGGACAGAGAAAGUAGGGCCCAGUAUAAUGUCACCAUCACCGUCACCGACAUGGGGACACCCCGACUGAAAACUGAACAUGAUAUAACCGUACUGGUCUCCGACGUCAACGACAACACACCGACCUUCACCCAAACCUCCUACACCCUCUUCAUCCCAGAGAACAACAGCCCCGCCCUGCACAUAGGCAGCGUCAGCGCCACAGACAGAGACGCGGCCGCCAACGCCCAGGUCACCUACUCGCUGCUGCAGCCCCAGGACCCCAGCCUGCCCCUGGACUCGCUGGUGUCCAUCAACGCUGACAACGGCCACCUGUUCGCCCUGAGGGCGCUGGAUUUCGAGGCCCUGCAGGCAUUUGAGUUCCUGGUGGGCGCCACAGACCGCGGGUCCCCGGCGCUGAGCAGCCAGGCGCUGGUGCGCGUGCAGGUGCUGGACGCCAAUGACAACGCGCCCUUCGUGCUGUACCCGCUGCAGAACGGCUCUGCGCCCUGCACCGAGCUGGUGCCCAGGGCGGCCGAGCCCGGCUACCUGGUGAGCAAGGUGGUGGCGGUGGACAGCGACUCGGGCCAGAACGCCUGGCUGUCUUACCAGCUGCUCAAGGCCACAGAGCCCGGGCUGUUCAGCGUGUGGGCGCACAAUGGCGAGGUGCGCACUGCGCGGCUGCUGAGUGAGCGCGACGCGGCCAAGCACAGGCUGCUGCUGCUGGUCAAGGACAAUGGCGAGCCCCCGCUGUCAGCCAGCGUCACGCUGCACGUGCUGCUGGUGGAUGGCUUCUCGCAGCCCUACCUGCCGCUGCUCGAAGUGGCGGCCGCCGAGGCCCAGACUGACCCGCUCACGGUCUACCUGGUCAUCGCGCUGGCGUCGGUGUCGUCGCUCUUCCUGUUCUCGGUGCUGGCGUUCAUCGCGGUGCGGCUGUGCAGGAGGGGCAGGGCUGGCCUGGUGGGUGGCUGCUCGGUGCCUGAGGGCCACUUUCCGGGCCACCUGGUGGACGUUACCGGUACUGGGACCCUGUCCCAGAGCUACCAGUAUGAGGUGUGUCUGACCGGAGGUAUGGGAACAGAUGAGUUUAAAUUUCUGAAGCCGAUUAUCCCCAACAUCCCGCCCCAGUGCCCCGGGAAAGAAAUAGAGGGAAGUCCUACCUUCCGUAAUAGCUUUGGGUUCAAUAUUCAGUGACCGUAAUUACCCUUCAUACCCCGAAUGUGUUUUGUUUUUGUGCCACUUCUAUACAUGUUAUCCCUCAAUUUGUGGGUACUUUAAAUUGAACUGUUGUUAGUUUUAUAUUUUCGCAUGUUCUCCCUACCUUUACUCUUAAGUGAGUGUUCAUCAUUAUCUGUGGUUGUAAUGAGGUGGUAACUUAUUCUCUAACCCAGGAGGUCUUGAUUUGUAAUUAAUUUGCCUCCUUAAAUAAUAUUAAUACCAAAUCACUGUUUGUUUCUGACCCUCUCUCCAACUGAACUUUAACCCACAAUUAUACCUAUAGUAAAAUAAAGCACACCACUUUCAACUUAUUUAACUGUUCAAACAUUCCUUCAUUUUUUUAAGCAGUGUUUCUUGAGGUUUAAUAAUAGUGGCUAUUUAGAAAUGUC